AGUGACGCCGAGCGCAAGUGUGAUAAUGGCCGAGAAGGAGUGCACCGCGACCGUGAAGGAGGGCCCCGUGCUGGGCAAGUCCGGCAAGAAGAUCUGCUGCUCGUGCCCGACCACCAAGCAGGCGCGCGACCUGUGCAUCGUCAACAACGGCGAGGAGCACUGCAAGGACAUCAUCGAGGCGCACAAGGCCUGCCUGCGCAGCGAGGGCUUCACGAUCAAGUAAGCAGGAGGCGCCAAGAGCGUCACACACACAACGCGCAGAGCUGUAGAGGCCUUGCACGUACAUAUGAAAGACAACGCGAGCGACUCCACCGCCAUUAAAUAAAACGACCCGCUGGCUGCCACUCACUUGUGUCGAGCAUUCGUAAGACAGUUUGACGACAAAUCAAAUGUAGCAAUUUCAUUGGUU